GGAAGCGGCGGAGCUGCAUCUCCCGGCGGCGGCUGCGGCGGCGGCGGCAUGUUCACGGCGGGGGCCGAGAGUCUGCUCCACCAGGCCAGGGAGAUCCAAGACGAGGAGCUGCAGAAGUUCUGUUCCCGGGUCGCGAAGCUGCUGCAGAAGGACGACCCGGGGCCUGACGCGGUGGACGCCCUACAGAGGCUGUUCCUCAUCGUCUCAGCCACGAAAUACAAGAGGCGGCUGGAGAAGACGUGCGUGGACCUGCUGCAGACCACCCUCCGCUCGCCCAAGUGCCCCGAGCAGCUCCAGCUUCUGUGCGCUGCCAUCCUGAGAGAGAGGUCGCCCUCCGAUGACCUGAGCCUGUCCUGUGACCAUGUCCAGAGCAGCCAGCAGCUGAGCCUGGUGGCCUCGGUGCUCUUGGCCCAGGGUGACAGAAAGGAGGAGGUCCGAAGCGUGGGCCAGCGCGCCUUCAGAGUCCUCGAGAGCCGGCAGCCCGAGGGGCCCAGUCUGAGGCACCUGCUCCCAGUCGUGUCCAAGGUCACGCGCCUGGCCCCGCACUCCCUCCAUGAAGACCAGACCAGCCUGCUCAGCAAGAGGUUGGUGGACUGGCUUCGCUAUGCCAGCAUCCAGCAAGGGGUCCCACACGCUUCUGGAGGCUUCUUCUCCACACCCAGAGCCCGGCAGCCGGGCCCUGUCACUGAGGUAGAUGGGGCGGUAGCCACAGAUUUCUUCACGGUGCUGUCCACGGGCCAGCACUUCACGGAGGACCAGCGGCUGAACGUGCAGGCUUUCUCCAUGCUGCGGGCGUGGCUGCUGGCCAGCAGCCCCCAGGGCCCCAGCGCCCUGGACUCAGAUGACAAGUCGGAGCUGGAGGGCUCCACGCUGUCCGUGCUGUCGGCCACGUCCACCGCCAGCCACCUGCUGCCACCCCAGGAGCGGCUGAGGGAGAAGGCCUUUGAGUACUGCCAGCGCCUGGUGGAGCAGAGCACGCGGCGAGCCCUGAGAAAGGGGGACGCAGACCUGCAGAAAGCCUGCCUGGUGGAGGCCGUGCUGGUGCUGGACGUGCUCUGCCGGCAGGACCCGUCCUUCCUGUACCGCACGCUGUCCUGCCUGAAGGCGCUGCACACACGGCUGUGCGGGGACCCGGCGCGGGCGCGGGCGCUGCUGCCCAUCGCGCAGUUCUUCCUGAGACACGGGGAGGCAGCCGCCGUGGACUCAGAAGCCAUCCUCCAGCACCUGUUCACCAGGGUCCCCUGUGAGCUCUUCCACAGCCCCACGCUGGCCUUCGAGUUCGUCCGCUUCUGCGGGGACAGCCUGCCCCUGUUCGGCAGGAACCCUGACAUUCUCAAGCAGAGCUUCCCCAACCUCUUCAAGCUCCUGGCCUGGAACAGCCCGCCCCUCACCUCCGAGUUCGUGGAGCUCCUGCCGUGGCUGGUGGACCCCGGCACAGCUGUGGAGAUGCUCCACGCGCUGCUGGACCUGCCCUGUCUGACCGCGGCCUUGGAUCUGCAGCUCAGGCUGUCACCGGCUGCGUCUGAGAGGCCACUGUGGGACGCCUCCCUCAGGAACCCCAGCUGUCUGGAGGCUUCCCGGGACCCACAGUUCCAGGCUCUUCUCCAGCACCUGCUGCGGGCCAAGGCCAGUGGAACCGUGGAGAGGUUGGCGCCCCUCCACCAGCUGCUGCAGCCCAUGGCCAGCUGUGCCCGGGUGGUCCAGUGCGCCGAGGCCGUGCCCACGCUGCUCCAGGCCUUCUUCUCUGCAGUGACUCAGUUUGCUGACGGGGUUCUGGCCAACCAGCUGGCGCUGCUGCUCCUGGAGAGAUGUGACUCCCUUUACCAGGUGCCCCAGUAUGAGGCCCGUGUGCACAGGGUGCUGAGCUCCCAGUUCCUGGCCCUGUGCGCGCUGCACCCAUCACUGGUGGCCGAGCUGUCAGAAGAGCUGCUGGAGUUCGUGGGGGGCGCGAGCAGCGUCCACGGCCGGGGCGCCGUGCUCGCCUCCGUGGCCUGGGCCAUCGGCGAGUACCUGUCUGUGUCCUGGGACCGGCGAUGCACCGUGGAGCAGAUCAACAGAUUCUUUGAGGCCCUCGAGGCCCUGCUGUUCGAGCUUACCCAGUCGCGCCCAUCUGCCGCCCUCCCCGAGUGCCCCCCACAGGUCAUCGCCGUGCUCAUGACCACGCUGACCAAGCUGGCCUCCCGGAGCCAAGACCUGAUUCCCAGGGUCUCUCUGUUCCUGUCAAAGAUGAGGACCCUGGUCCAGAGCCCGGCGCUGAGUUCCGUGCACCGUGAGGAGGGCGCGGCAGCCGUCCACACACGGGCCACUGAGCUCUUGACGCUGCUAAAGAUGCCCAGCGUGGCCCAGUUUGUGUUCACGCCCAGCGCAGAGCUGUCCGAGCCCCGCUACCACCGUGAUGCCAACACCGCCCUGCCGCUGGCCCUGCGCAUGGUCAGCCGCCUGGUGGAGAAGGAAAUGGGCCUCCUGCCAGGGUGAGGGGCGUUGACCUGGGGGACGCUGGCCCAGCCACAGAAUGAGCCAAGCUGUGACUGCCACGAGCAGGGGCUUGAGACCCGGGGAGGAGCCCCGGGUGGGUCUGGGUCCCUCUGUGUGGGUCAGGCUGUCCCAUCCUCAGCCUUUGGGUGUUUGUCUCUGUCCCAUGGUGAACUGUGUGGUGACACAGAUCUGAUUUGGAGCUCUCACCCCGUUGGGGGUGGGCGGGGUCUGCUUGGUCUGUUUCUGGCAGAUCCUUGUUGGGAGGCAAAAGGAGGUGCAGCGGCAAUAAACCUCUUCCAGAGAAUCCCUGUGUGCACGAGGCUGGGGAGAGGGCCAGAUGUGGGGAGCACUGCUGGGCUGGGAGGCCUGGCCCUGGGCGGGGGGGGACCCCCGCCCCGCUGGGCCAGACGCUUGGGGCUGUUCCCUCGUACCAACUCCCCACCGUGUCCCAGAUGUUACAGAAAUAACAGCACAUAUGUGGGCGAUCAGCAAGGGAGCCGCGUGACUCUCCCACUGGCACAGCUGCCACUGGGAAGGGCCUCUGCUCAGUGUCCUUUCUUAGUCCUCCUUCUGAUGCUACUGAAUGAUGGAAGACGCAGAGGCUGUGGCUCUUCUGGCCUGCAGUCUCUUGCCAUCUGGAGGAAGGGCAGGGCCAACCCAGCAGGGACCCCCCCCAAGCCAGGAUCGCGCUGGUAUUAUGCCGAGUGGGGGAGACUAGCCGAGUGUGGGAGCGCAAGAGAGGUGUCGUGGUUCGUCCCCCCACCCGUUAGUGCCUCCUGCCCCAGUUCCACUGAGGUCAGCUUCCUGCCUUGGACACUAGCUCCCAGGGCUGCCCCUCAGCUCCGCCGGCUGCGCGCAGGCAUCCGGGACACCAGGUGGCGCUGGUGCUCCGCGAGUCUCCGCCGGUCUCGCCCCGCCCGCCCCGCCCGCCCCGCCCGCCCCGCCGCCUCUGGCCCCGCCCCCGGACGCCGGGCCGUGCGGACGCCAGAGCCGCGCUGCUGCGGCGGGCGGACGCGGUGCGCGGAGUGGACCGAACCGGGCUCCGGCAGGCAGAGUGUCCGCCUCGGCUCCGCCUGGCGUCCCGGUGACGCGUCCCGGUGACGACAGGUGACGCGCCCGUGGAGCGGAGCGGCUGUGGACGCGAGGGACCGGAGCUUGAGACGUGCUGGGGAGCUGGGCUUGGCGGCUCGCACUCUGCCAUGGCUAAGGGCAUUCCUGGCGGGUAGGCCAGCCUGCGAGGCGGGGAGGACCCCACCUGGAGCUCGGAGUCCCCUGCAGCUGCGCUGAGUGCGGGUCUCUGUUCCUCUCCAAGAAGACGACUCUGGCCCUGAGCCCAGCCCUGAGUUCCCUGCUACGGCCACGGCUGCUGAGCCUGCUGAGCACGCCUGGCGCAGGUGUCCAAGCCCUGCUGUCGCCGCGACCCCCACCACAGCCAGCCACCUGGCGGACAAGGGAACGCGGGAACAGCGCGGCAGGAGGUGGCCGCCACCCUAGGAGGGCGGCGCGCGGACGCGGAUCUUCUUGGCGGUUUCCACGUCCGACUUGGCAACCAAAAACCGCAUCUUCUUGCCCCCACUUCGGAUCAGGUCCACAGCCCUGAAACCCAGCGCGGGGGGAGGAGGAGGGAGCCAGGCUCGCGUCGCGGGGACUCCCCGCAGGCCCAGCCUCGGGACAGGUGUGCCAGCCACCCCCACCCCACACCAUCAGGACUGCGGACGCCGCCGUGGGGCAUCCGGGCAAAGGCAGCCUGCCCAGACCAGCGCUCCGUCGUCUGUGUCCAGUAACCCGCCAGGGCAAAGCUCGAGCCGCCAGCUGGAACCUCUGCCCACAGUGGGCCCCUGACACUUCCCCUCGGGGCACCCCUCCCACUGCCCCCGUCCACUGUGACCUGCAUGUGGCCCUGGGACCCAGACGGUGGGGGGGCAUGUCUGCCCUAAAAUAGACCCACCCCCAUGGGGGCCCCCAGCAGAGCACCCCCACGUGGCAGGCCUCCAAAGUGAGGAGGCGCAGUCCUGCUCAGAGCAGUGGCUCUGUCCAGGUUGAACCCCUAGGGGACAGGGACACAGUUUCCAACUGUAGUUUCUACCUCCUUGUAAUUUCUGUGUGUCAUAGUGUAUCAUGCAGCAGAGAGAUACAUCCCUAGUUGUGAGACACACACAGGCCCACGUAGGCCAUAUAUGUGCACGCACAUGGCAAGCACAGUCUCCGCACACAGACCCUGCUCUUCUCUUGGUCGGCUAUGCCCCAAGUGAGGCCGCAGCCUCGGGCUCCUCAAUGGGUAGGACCCAGCCUGACCAGAGGUUGGAUCUAGGUCAUGGCCUGUGGGCUCUGACUACCCCCAUCCCCUUCUGUGAGGGUCUCCAGGUCCCCAGGUGGGGGACAGGGCAGGGUGUUCCCAGAAGAAGAUGGCCCAGGAUGAAGGUCCCCAAGGCUCUGCAGGCUCCCAUAGGAACUCCCCCAGGGAGCUCCCUUUUGCCCCAACACGGCACACGGGGCCCCCAGCUCCUGGCCCAGAGGCGGCUCACCUGACUUGAAGGCAUCGGGGCUGUCCUGGGCGCCUGGCUCCCAGGCACUCAUGGGGCCCACAGCCGAGGCCAGCUGGUACUGGGUCAGCAGCCGGUGCAGCUGCGCGGGGCUCAGGGUGGGGAAGGCGGCCCGCAGGUUUGCCCAGCUCAUCUGUGUGACAAGCAGCAGCUCAUGAUCAAAGGCUCCGGGAUGGCACAGCCACACCCCCAGGAGGGGUGUUCUAGGCACUCUGGGGGCAGGGGCAGAGGGCCUGGGCUGCCUGGCCCCGUGCUCCCAGCUCGCUCACGCGGGCCUUGGCGCCCCUGGGGGCCGGUGAGGUCACUGAGGGGCCCAGGGGGCAGCCAGCAGGCACCCCACCCAGGGCUCUGUCUACUGACUACACCUACCACCACGUCAUCCUCCCGGGGCUGAGAAGGGAGGGAGAGUCCCAGGGAUUUGACAAGUGGGAUUCCUGCUUUAUAGCACAUAAGAGACCUGACCCACCAGGCUGAAAGGAAAACAUAAAUGCAAAGCCUUCUACCACCUGGGACCCCCAAGAUUGGCUCUGUGGGCACAGGACAGGGAGGCUCCCUCAAGUGGGUCCAGCAGCCCAAGCUGUGCAGAAGAAGGUGAACUUAUGCGUGAAAUCCAGCAGCCUGCACCGUCCCCUGCAACCCUGGUCUCCACUGGCCAGGGACGCCCCUCCUCUCUGGUUUUCUGGGUCCCUCUCUCCUCUGCGGGUGAAUCCGCUUCUCUGUGACGCCAUCAUUCCUGACUGCCAUUGGAGGCGCUGGCCCAACUCGUGCCCUCUGGGGCCCCCAGCUUCUGACUUGGCUCUUGAAAGUCAGAAAGCACCCUGAUGGCUCAUCGCCAGGAUGUGUCCUGUCUUAUUCUUCCAGAAAGUUCACAGGCUUCUCAUGGCCGUGGUUCCGACAUUGCGGUGCUCAGCCCCCUGCAAGUCUGCUCCCCCGUCAAGCUCUUGGCUCCUGGCUGCGCGUUCUGGAACCUCAGGGAAAGUGGGGGAGGGGCGUAUUGGUCCCCCUCCAUGCCGCAGCAGCCACCUCCCCUGCUCUUUCCUGACUCAGUGUUUGAAGCCUGGGCCUCGCCAGUGGGUCCUUCUCUCUUCCCUCCCUUUGCUCCUCUGCUUCUCUCUCUUCUGGGUUUACUGCCAAGAGGCUGGGGCUGUGGGUAGCCAGUGCCUUUGCUGGAGGGACAACCGUGUCCUGAGGCUACCUUGUUGGGGUGCGGGGCAGCCUCUGGGAGCUGCCUCCUUGCCCCCAGCUCAGGAUGGCCUCUGUUGGCCUGAGGCAGUGCCUUUGGGGAAUCCCGGCUUCCGUCCCAUGGCUGUGCGGCAUCCAGGGCUGGUGUCAGCGCGGGCCCAGCACACUCCCAUGUCCUUACCUGAGUGCAGGGACACUUUCUGGGUGACUUCCUGGACUUUGUUUCCCGAUCUUGCCACUGAGUCCUUCCUCUCCGCUGCCAUGGUUUUAGUUUCCAAGAAUCCUUUUGGUUCUUUUAUAAAGUCCUGUUGUUACUUUACAGACACUAA